AAACUUUACCUUUACAACGCGAAAGUUGCGCUAUAAAAAAAAUAUUAACACGGUUUGCUGUACAUCUCUAUAUGUGUAGAUGUCAUAAUGAAAACUAUAUAGACGUGUAGUACAAAUAGGCAAAACUUUGUGGUUAAAAAAACUGUGUAACGAAAUUAUUGUGAAAACCGAGGAGGAGAAAUUGGAAAACGAAAACUACGUUAUAUAUACGUUACACAUACGUAUAUAUACGAAUCAAUAAUUCAAAAUAGACGAAGCCAAAUAUAAGUGGCUAAGUCCCAUCCAAUAGCUUUAACAUACGAAAUAUUCGAAAAAAGCGCCAUUUCUUUGCCCAAGUUUUUGUGAAAAAAAAUUAAUAUUGCAAAUAUUCAAAAUCUGUCCAGAAUUAUAAACGAACAAAAACGAAAACGUCGCCAAUGGCUAUUGAACCACAUUAAACACAAGAAAAACAUUUCACUACACAUAAAUUAUAGAGAAAAAAUUAUUACUUUACUCUAAUUGCCCUUUAAAUCUAACCAAUGGGAAUGGCUGAGGACUUCGCUCCAAGCUUUGUCAAGAAACCGCAGUUACGUCAGGAAGACGACGGAAAUCGGUUAAUAUUCGAAUGUCAAUUACUCGCAUCACCGCAACCAUUAAUUGAAUGGUAUCGUAGCGAUAAUCUUUUAGUGGAAAAUGAACGCAUCAUACUUAGAAUCAAACCAAUCGGAGACAACAAAUUUCUUGUAGUAUUAGAACUGGAUGAUGUUAUUGAAACAGAUGCUGGUCUCUAUAAAGUGAGAGCUAAAAAUAAAUCCGGUGAAGUGUCGGCUUCAAUUAAUUUAAAUUUUGCACAAGAAAAGUUUUAUACAGGCGAAGAAUCGAGACAACAUGAUGGUUUCGCGCCAACGUUUGACAAAAAGCCCUCAAUUCGACAAGAGGAUGAUGGUAAACGUUUGCUUUUUGAAUGUCGCUUAACGGCCGAUCCGGCACCAGAUAUCAUCUGGUUUCACAAUGGAACGAAAAUUAAAGACUCUUUGCGUCAUAAACUGCGUAUCGACAAAGAUAUCCAUCCUACACAUUUAUAUUUUUGUACGCUCGAAAUUACAAAUGUCACGGUGGAGGACGCCGGUAAAUACCGAGUUGCUGCCCAAAAUGUAAACGGCGAAACAAAUGCGACUAUUUGCUUAAAUUUCUCAGGGGAUGAAACUCCUCUACCUGAAAAUGGCGUUAAGGCUACCUUUGUAGAGCGUCCAAUCAUUGUACAAGAGGAUGAAAAUGUACGAAUUGAAUGCACGUGCGUAGGAGAUCCAAAACCUUUAUUGACAUGGUAUCACGCUGAUGAACAACUGAGUGCGAGUGGACGUUAUAAAGUUUCUCUGCAGCAUUCCGAAAAAAAACUUUACUACUUGGCUUGUCUUAAUAUAGUCAAUGUGAAACCAUCAGAUAAAGGACUGUACACCGUUAAGGCUGUAAACCAUCAUGGUGAAAGUGUGGCUACUAUAAACUUGAAUUUCGAUGAUGACUCAAAUAGAAUUUCUGAUGGCAAGGCUCCCCGUUUUCCGGUUAAGCCAAAAAUAUGCCAAAAGGAUGACAUGAUUAUUAUAGAAUGCCUUCUUGAAGCCAACCCAGCACCAGAUAUUAUGUGGUACCACGCUGAUCAAUGCUUAGAAAAUUCACCGCGCUUUAAAAUGGAACGGAAAGGACGUGAAACAAAGGACUACUACAUUUUGACACUUGCAAUAAUAGACCCGAAAAAGGACGAUGGUGGUUAUUAUGUUUGCAGUGCUUCAAAUGUAUUCGGGGUAUCAAACGCGAAUAUCGCAUUAAACUUUGAUGAAGGGGCGAAUGAUGCCAGCGGCUUUGCACCAUCAUUUAUUGAAAAACCUCGAAUCAUUCCAAACGAAUCUGGCACCUUCAUUACCAUGAAAUGCCGUUGUAAGGCCAAACCAGAACCAAAAGUUACGUGGUACAAAGGCGACGAAGUGGUUAGCAAGUCAUCUAAAAUUACUAUUAGGACAAAGCUAAUAGCCGAGGACACCUACGAGUUAAUGCUGGAAAUCAAAGACCCAGGCGCACCUGACGCUGGCACUUAUAAAUGCAACGUUUUAAAUGAUUUUGGAGAGUCAAAUGCUAACCUUAAUUUAAAUAUCGAGGCGGAGUUCGAACCAGGAGGUGAAGGUCCGAAAUUUGUAGAGAAACCACGCAUUAUUUCCGAAAAUAAGGGUAAACUUGUGAUAAUGGAAUGUAAAGUAAAAGCCGACCCAAAGCCAGAUAUUUGUUGGUAUCGAAACGGUGAAACAAUCAGUGAGAGCAACAAAAUCAAAAUAUCGAUGGAACAAAGAGGUGACCAAUAUUACGUAAACUUGCAAUUAAUUGAUCCACAAAUGGAAGAUUCUGGUUUAUACAAAUGUAAUAUUAAAAAUGACUUAGGCGAACUAAAUGCCAAUUUGACGUUGAAUAUUGAAAUUGUUCCUGUUAUUAAAGACAAACCGAAAAUUAUUAAAAUUAUCAAAAAGCGCACUGUUGUAAUAGAGUGCACGGUUAUUUCUAAAUUCGAACCUAAGUUUACGUGGUUUAAGGAAUCCAAUCUUGUUGCAAAGAGUAAACGACAUAUAUAUUUAAUCGAAAAGACGAAAGAAGGAGAGUUUACAGUUAGAUUGGAAAUUAAUGAGGUGGAUGAAAGCGAUAAAGGUGCUUACAAAUUGGUUGCUAAUAAUGAGAAAGGGGAAGCGGUUUCUCAGAUUGUCAACUUGAUUGACAUACCCGAGGAAGAAUGCAAACUAACAAAACCAGAAAUUGCUCGUAAACUUACCGACGUGAAAGUAAUUGAAAACAAAUCCUUUGAAUUAUUGAUUAGUUUGAAAAAACCCGAUCGAAAAUGCAAGGUGGAGUGGUAUAAAGGCAGUAUUUUACUAAAGGAAGCCAAAGAAAUUACAACAACGUUUGAUGGUACCAUAGCCCGCUUAACUUUCAGUGCUGCUCGUAUGGAAUAUACCGCUUCUUAUAAAGUGGUGGUUAUAAACGAAAUGGGUCGCGAUGAAAGCAGCUGCAAAGUGGUUGUCGAGAAAAAGCAGGAUAAGAAAAAAAUUGACGAUGAGGCUGCUGAUGUAAAACGAAAGAAGGACCUAUUUGAACAGAUUGCCAGUAGGAAAGUGGAACUACAGACGCAGCGCAAGCAGGAUGAAGAAAUUAACACUGAAUCCCGUCGUUCAUCUAUUGUGGAAAAAGCAAUGAUAGAGGACGCUAGAUUUACUAAAGCAGAUUUUCCUAUUUUAAAACCAGCCGAAAAAAGGCGAAUUUCGCAGUCUGUCGAGAACUCGAAGCAAAUUGAGCAGUUACCAAAAUUGAGGAAAACUAGUAUCCCAGAACGGAAGGAAGAAUCUCUUAAAAUCGAAUCUAAAGCAAAGGCUAAAACUAAAACUAAGGCUAAGCCUAAGUAUGAGGAACUGCCAGAAAUACCAGAUUACGAACGACCCGUUUUGGAAAGGUAUGACAAACCUGAAUUCGAAGCCGGCGAUUUUACCAGACAGUUGAACAUACCUAGCAAAAUGGAAAAACCUACACUUGAAGCAGCUAAGCAGGGAUCACAACAGGCACAAGAAAACAAUGAACUGGUCAAGAAGGAGAACGCAGGUGAAAAAUCAGCAGAGCGAUCGAAAGGUAUUCAAUUAGGAACGGGCAAUGUACCAGAGCAUUACGAAAAGAACGACAAUGCCACACUAAGGCCAGUGAUUAUUGAACCGAAGCAGAAAAAGGCGGAUGACGUGGAUACUGAAAAAUCUUUUAAGGAUGACAAACCCAGAGUACCCAAAGUACAACCACCAGCACCAGGUGAGGCACCAAAAAUUGAAGUCAUACGAGAAAAACGGCCUUCAUUAGUUCCGGAGCCACCCAGCCGUCGCGGUUCAUUAAUUCCGCCGGCGGAAAUGGGACGUCGCCCAUCUCUGAUUAUUAAUGACGAGAAGAAACUGCGUCCAGGGGAAGUGACGGAUAACUCAAGGUUGUUACGGCCCGGAGAAGUCAGUGAUGGGCAGAAAGAAAAGCAGCGCCCCGCUGAAGUGGGUCAUGAUCAAAAACAGAGGCGACGACCAUCGGUUGAUGUGCGUCGUCCCAGCAUACAGGAUUUAGAAGACUUAAUUAACCGCUCAUCGACUCCGUUACGAGAUAUCGGUGAUGGUGGUCCGCCGUCCAUAGUUGAUGUGCAAGAAUCCUAUUCAGCCGUAGAAGAUUCAACGGCUUAUAUGACUGUUGGUGUGGAAGGCUCUCCUGCGCCUACGUUUAAAUUUUAUAAAGGAGUUAGUGAAAUUCUAGAAGGGGGACGCUACAAAUUUCUCACUGAUGGUGAAACUAAUACAAUUACUUUGUGCAUGCGUAAGUGCAAACCCAACGACGAAGCGAAAUACAAGGUGGUAGUAUCAAAUAUACAUGGUGAAGAUACUGCUGAAAUGCAGUUAUAUGUAUCGGAUUCCAGCGGCAUGGAUUUCCGCGCCAUGUUAAAAAAACGACGCUAUCAAAAGUGGGCUAAAGAAGAAGCUGAGCCUCCUAAAGUUGAUCUCAAAGAAACUGAGAAACCAAUGCCAGCACUAAAGAAAGUUGAAAGGAUACCGUCACGUAGACCAUCGUUAGCCGAGUUAAUACCAGAUUGGCCGACAUUGCAUCCAUUUCGUCGCGAAGAGAAACAAGAGUCGUUUCUUAGCCCACUCAUUGAUCAAUUUGCUAAGGAAGGCAAAGACAAAAAAGUGGUUUUUGAGGGCCGUUUCAGUAAGGCAAACGCGAAGUGCAAAUGGCUGUUUCGAAAGGAUGAAGUAUUCGCGAGCAGUAAAUACAAAUUUAAAAAUGAAAAUGACACAUAUCAGCUAAUCAUAAUGAAUCCGAAAGUGGAAGAUACCGGCAAAUACAGCAUUGAAAUUGGCGGUGUUUCGAGUACAGCGUUUCUAAAUGUAGAAGAAGCCGAUCCUAGCUACACAUUUACAAAACCACUGAAGAAGAAAAUUGAAGGGUUUACAAAACACGAGACCACAUUAGAAUGCACGGUUAGCAGUAGUAUGGCUAAUGUUACUUGGCUAAAAGAUGGGAAGAAAAUCGAGUCCGACGAUUCACGAUACCUAAUUUCUAAAGAUAUAAACGGAAACUUAAAACUGAUAAUCAAAGAAUCUGUGCUUGAAGAUACGGGCACCUACACUUGUCAACUAGAUAAGCAGCCGGAUAAGACCGAGACUAAAGUGAAAAUUGUCGAAUAUCCAUACAAAUUCGUUAAGGUGCUCAAGAGCCAACACUGCGUUGAAAAAGAUACAAUAACCCUUGCUUGUGAAAUCGAUGAUGCUACUGGUGAAGUGCAGUGGUGGCACAAUGAUGAGGAAAUCAAACAAGACAAACGUAUACAGGUUGUCAAAGAUGGACGCAAACGAAAACUAAUUCUUAAGGACUGUAAAGUUACAGAUGCCGGUUUAUUUAAAUGUACCACAAAUGCUGAUAAAACCGAAGCAGAAAUCAUUAUUAACUACCAAAAUCGUUUUAACAAAAAGCUAAAGGAUACUGACGCUGUUGAACGUGAAAAAUUAGUGAUGGAAAUUGAGCUGCAAGAUCAGACUGCUCCUUGUGUGUGGAAAUUUAAUGGUAAUCUAAUUGAGUCGAGCGAGAGGAUUCAAAUCAAAAAUCUGGGAGGAGGUAAACAUCAACUAAUAUAUGAAAGGCUCGAAUUGCCAGAUGAAGGUGAAAUUACAUGUGAAUCAGGCCAACUGACUUCGACGUGUAAGUUGACAGUGCGUCAGGGAGAAAGCAAACCCAACAUUGACUGUCCCGAUGAAUAUGCUGGUCCAGUUAAUUCGCCAAUUAUCAUGGAAGUACCAUACAAAGUUAACGGUACUAAGCAGUCACCAGUGGAAGCAAAACUGUGCAAAGACGGAAAACCUUUACCUAUUAAAGAAGUAGAAAUAUCAAUUACUGAGGAUAAAGUAACAUUUAAAAUUAAAAAGCCGACCCGUGAAAUGUCUGGAAAGUACCAAAUUAAGCUUUCUAAUUUCCAAGGAGAAGAUAUCAAGGAUGUCAAAGUUAUUUUUCAAGAUGUGCCGCAGGCACCAAGGGAAGUUGAUAUUACAGAUAUAUACCAAACUUCAUGCAUACUAAAAUUUAAACCGCCGGAAGACGAUGGCGGCCUGCCAAUUAUAAAAUAUGUUGUCGAACGCCAAGACAUCAGUAAAAAACAAGUUUGGGAACCAGUUGCAGAUGUGAUGGCGGGCGAGCCAUUUUCAAAAAGUAUCGAAGAUCUGGUUCCUAAAAAACAGUACAGAUUCCGUAUUCGCGCUGUCAAUAAAAUUGGUCCAUCUGAGCCGACCACAUUUAAGAGCACUGUUCUAGCUAAAGAUCCUUGGGAUGAACCUGGUAGGCCAAGGGAUGUCGAUGUAACUGACUGGGAUCAGGACCAUGCAGAUCUACGGUGGCAACCUCCAGAGAAUGAUGGCGGAGAUGCUAUAACAGGCUAUAUAAUUGAAUACAAAGAAAAAUUUGCUAGCGAUUGGAAAACAGGCAAAGAAGUUUCUGGCGAUUCACGUAGCACAACAGUGGAAGAUCUUAAGAAAGGACAGCAGUACGAAUUUCGAAUUCGUGCUGUUAACAGAGCUGGUCUUGGGGAACCGAGUGAUCCCACGAAAGCAAUUAUUGCCAAAUGCCGUUUUGUCAAACCGUUUCUUGUCGGUGAUGGUCUUACAGACAUUACAAUUAAAAAAGGACAAAUAGUGCGUUAUGACAUAAAAUACGACGGCGAACCUGAACCAACCGCUUCUUUCUUUAAAAAUAAUAAAGAAUUAAUGGCUGACAAUCAACGUGUUUGUGUAGACCAGCUAGAACGCAAUUCUUCCCUUGUAAUAAAAAAAGCAAUACGAAAAGACUCUGGCAAAUAUAAAUUAGUGCUCUCAAAUAGCUCAGGAACUGUAGAAUCGCAGGCGCAAGUUACAGUUUUGGAUCAUCCUUCGGCCCCCGGUGGUCCGUUCGAAGCCAACGAGGUACGGGCUCAUCGUAUUAAAAUGCAAUGGAAGCGCCCUGAAGACGAUGGUGGUUCUGAAAUUACCGGCUAUGCUUUGGAACGCAUGGAUGAAGAAACUGGGCGUUGGAUAACAGCUGGUGAAGUUUCACCAAAUGAGACUUCGUUCGAUUUCAAAGGUCUUUCAUCUGGGAAGAAAUAUAAAUUUCGUGUUAAAGCACUUAAUAAAGAAGGUGAAUCAGAGCCACUAGAAACUACCGAGCCAAUUUUGGCGAAGAAUCCUUACGACCCGCCCAGUCGUCCUGGUAAACCAGUUGUUGACGACUAUGACAACAAAAGCGUUUCCUUGAAAUGGAAGAUACCACCCUCCGACGGUGGACGUCCUAUAUUGCACUACAUCAUCGAACAGAAAGAUAAGUUUUCCCCGGACUGGAUUGAAGUCACUAAGACUGAUGUGCCAACGCCGGAGUGUAAGGUAGAAGGACUGAAGGAAAAAAUGGUUUAUCAAUUUCGCGUGCGCGCUGUCAAUAAAGCUGGUCCUUCUGAGUCGUCUGAACCCACUGAUAAUCAUUUAUGCAAACAUAAGAAUCUGAAACCAGAAAUCGAUCGGUCCACGUUCAAGCGUGUCACAAUCAAGACUGGACGCACCCACAAGUGGUCAGUCGACGUCAUUGGAGAGCCGAUACCCUUUUUGAGUUGGAGUUGGCGCGAUAACAUUCCCUUAUCUACAGGUGAUCGCAUAAAGAUUGAAAAUAUUGACUACCAUACAGAUUUUGUAAUCACAAAUGUAAAGCGUAAUGAUAGUGGCUUGUAUACGCUGAAAGCCGAAAAUCGUAAUGGUAUAGACAGAGAAAGUAUUGAGUUGAUCGUUUUAGGUAAGCCUAGCGCACCGAAAGGUCCACUAGGUAUCAGUGAUGUGCAUGCAACCGGUUGCACAUUAGAGUGGGCGAAACCGGAAGAUGAUGGUGGUGUGCCCAUUAAAGAAUAUGUAGUUGAGAAGAUGGACACGGCCACAGGAAAGUGGGUGCGUGUAGGUCGCUCAGCAGGUGAGAAAGAUCCCCCAGCUUUUGAUGUGACUGGCUUGAAUCCAGGAUCAGAAUAUAUGUUUCGUGUGAGUGCUGUUAACGAGGAAGGUGAGUCUGAGCCAUUGACUACUCUAGUAGGAGUGGUAGCCAAAAAUCCCUAUGAGAAACCGAGCAAACCUGGCACUCCCGAAAUCACUGAUUAUGAUAACCAGAGUAUUUCACUUAAAUGGAUCGCUCCAUCAAGUGAUGGUGGUGCUCUUAUCGAAAAGUACAUCGUCGAAAAAAAGCAAAAAAAUAAACAGCCAUCUGAAUGGGAAAAAGCUGUCGAAGUUUCAGGAAAUCAAUUUGAGGUUACAGUUAGUGGGCUCCAAGAAUAUGACGAAUAUCAAUUCCGUGUAGUGGCGGUUAAUAAGGGAGGAGCUUCACCACCUUCUGAUCCAACCAAUGUCCAGAUUGUCAAAUAUAAGAAACUUAAACCUCAUAUCGAUCGUACCAAUCUAAAGCCGUUACUUAUUCGCGCUGGUAAACCUAUCAAAUACGAUGUGAAGAUUCGCGGAGAACCGGCUCCGACAAUUGUUUUAUAUCAUAAUAAUUUAGAACUAAAACCGGGGGAGCUAUCCGGCAACUACGAUAUAAAAAUUGUGCCGUAUAAUGUAAAAAUCUCUAUAACUGAAACAUUGCGACAUCAUAGUGGUGCUUAUAAAAUUUAUGCUUCUAAUGAACAUGGCGAAGACGAAGCUACAGUCGAAGUAAAUAUUUUAGGUCCUCCUGAAAAGCCAAAAGGUCCUUUGGAAGUUACAUGUGUGACAAAAGAUAGUUGCAAACUGAAUUGGCAGAAACCAGAUGAUAAUGGCGGUAAGCCGGUGACUGCAUAUCAGGUUGAAAAAUUUGAUAAAAAGCAAGGCCGGUGGGUUCCAGUCGGUCGCACAUCCGGCAAUGAUACCGAAAUCGAUGUCAAAGGUCUUCUCGAAGGCCAUGAGUAUCAAUUUCGUGUCAGGGCUAUUAACGAUGAAGGCGAAUCUGAGCCUUUAGAGAGUGAUGAUAGUAUCAUUGCCAAGAAUCCUUACGAUACUGCCAGCAAACCUGGCAAACCCAAAAUCGAUGACUACAAUGAGCACAUGGUGAAGCUUGUGUGGGAACCGCCAAAUUAUGAUGGCGGUGCUCCCAUAACACAUUAUGUAGUGGAAAAAAAAGACAAGUUCUCGACAAUUUGGGAUGAAGUCCUUACAACUGAUUCCACUCUCACGCAGGCUACGGUCGAAAAACUUACCGAAGGAAACGUUUAUCAAUUCCGCGUAAGAGCAGUAAACAGAGCUGGACCUAGUGAGCCCAGUGAUUCAUCCGAAUCACAUUUAGCAAAGCCUAGAAACUUAAAACCUAGCAUUAAUCGCGAGCACAUGAAAAAAAUCAAAAUCCGUGCUGGUCAGACAGUCAAAUUUGACGUUGACGUGAAAGGUGAACCGGAACCGACGUUAAGCUGGGCUUUUAAGGAAAAGGAGCUUCUUGGUACUGGGCAAGUCCGCCUGGAAAAUAAUGACUAUAAUACGAAAUUAACAAUAUUAAAUUCGACUCGACAAAAUAGUGGCAUAUAUAGACUUAAAGCAGAAAACGUCAACGGCGUAGACGAAGCGGAAGUGGAGGUUAUUAUCCUUGAUAGGCCAGGAAAACCCGAAGGUCCCUUGGAAGUUAGUGAUAUUCACAAAGAAGGAUGUAAACUGAAGUUUAAAAAGCCAAAAGAUGAUGGGGGCGCAUCAAUAACAGCUUAUGUAGUCGAACAAAUGGAUGUCGCAACAGGACGUUACGUCCCGGUGAGCACGGUUGGUGCCGACAAAACUGAAAUUGAAGUAAAAGGUUUAGAACCGAAUCAUCGCUAUCAGUUUCGAAUUAAGGCCGUUAACGAAGAAGGUGAGUCGGAUCCAUUAGACACGGAUUCGGCUAUAGUAGCAAAAAAUCCGUUUGAUGUCCCUACUCCUCCGGGUUUGCCUGAAUUUGAAGACUGGGAUGAACAUCAUGUUAAGCUUAAAUGGGAACCGCCUAUCCGUGACGGUGGUGCACCUAUUAGUAAUUAUAUUAUAGAAGUUAUGGAUAAGAACUCAGGUGUGUUCAUUAAAGCAGCCGAAACUGACAGCUCUGUAUGCAAAGGGAUCGUGAAAAAAUUAGAGGAAGGACAACAGUAUAAGUUCCGUGUGCGUGCUGUAAACAAAGCUGGCUUUUCGGAACCAUCAGAACAAACGAACUGGCACACAGCCAAGCCACGUUUUCUCAAGCCUCACAUUGACCGUACAAAUCUUAAACACUUGGUUGUAAAAGCAGGUCUUUCCAUUAGUCUUGAUGUCAGUGUCAAAGGGGAACCCGCCCCCAAAGUCGACUGGUUCUUCAAGGAUCAACCGCUGGUAUUUGAAGAUAAUGGUGUACGUAUCGACAAUGUUGAUUACAAUACAAAAUUUUUUGUUAUGCGUGCUCAACGCUCCAUGAGCGGUAAAUAUACCAUAACAGCUACAAAUGAAGUCGGUGAGGAUAAAGCGGAACUUGACAUUAAUGUUCUCGGUAAGCCCGGGACUCCCAAGGGUCCUCUGCAAAUCAAUGACAUUACAAAACAUGGAUGCAAAUUAAGGUUUGAAAAACCAGAUGAUGAUGGCGGAUGCUCUAUUGACUAUUAUGAAAUUGAGAAAUUGGACCCACACACAGGUCAGUGGUUACCCUGUGGCAAAAGUAUGGAGACGGAAGUUAAAGUGAUUGGUCUGCAAGAAGGAAAAUCAUAUAAAUUUCGAGUUCGUGCUGUUAACAAAGAGGGCGAAUCGGAAAAUCUAGAGACCGAGAAGUCAAUAAUUGCAAAAAAUCCCUUUGACGAGCCAGAUAAACCUGGUCGUCCGGAACCAAUGAAUUGGGAUAAAGACUUCGUUGAGUUAAGAUUUGAUCCACCCAAGGACGAUGGCGGUGCACCAGUUCAGAAAUUCAUUAUACAGAUGAGAGACAAGUCAGGACGUUCUUGGACUGAUGCUGCGACUGUGCCUGGCGAUCAGACUACUGCAACUGUUACUGGUGUAGAAGAGGGUCAAGAAUAUGAGUUUCGGGUCGUGGCGGUUAACAAAGCUGGGCCUAGUGAACCAAGCGACGUCUCUAAAUCAAUAGUAGCUAAACCAAGAUUUCUUAAACCCUACAUAGACCGUAAAAAUUUGCAAAAGAAAAUUCUACGAAAUGGUCAAAUGCUACAUGUUGAAGCCUUAGUUAAAGCUGAGCCCCCAGCAAAAAUCACUUGGAAACAUAAUGAGGCAGUUUUGAAGUCAUCUGAACGCCUUAAAUUAGAAAACGAAGACUAUAAAACGACUUUUAUCAUGCCGAAAGUGAAACGUUGUGAUAGAGGCAUUUAUGUAAUAACAGCGAUGAAUGAUUCUGGCGUUGAUACAGUACAACUCGAAUUAGAAGUAUUGUGUAAGCCCAGCAAACCAACGGGCCCACUCUCAGCUUCUGAUGUUACGGCCGAAAGUGUACACUUAAAUUGGGAUAAACCUGAAGAUGACGGUGGUGAGCCUAUUGAGUGUUACGUAGUGGAAAGAAUGGACAUGGAAACAGGGCGUUGGGUGGCGGUGUUAACAACGAAAUCGCCCGAAGCUGAUGUUACUGGUUUGACAGAAGGCAAGGAGUAUUUGUUCCGCGUUAAGGCUGUCAAUUCGGAGGGAGAGUCUGAACCAUUAGUAACAGAUAUACCCAUUACCGCUAAGAAUCCGUACGACCCGUCUGAUCCACCCGGGAAGCCCCAAAUAAUUGAUUGGUCAAGCAAUCAUGCUGCACUAAAAUGGCGGGCACCUGAAUGUGAUGGGGGGGCUCCGAUUACUAGCUACGUUAUUGAAAUGAUGUUGUCGAGUGGAAAGUGGCAAAAAGUAUUGGAAACUAACACUGCUGAUUGCAGCGCUCGAGUGAACGAUUUAAUUGAAGGUAAAAAAUACCAGUUCCGUGUAAAAGCUGUUAAUAAGGCUGGAAAAAGUAAACCUUCUGAGCCCUCUGAUCAAAUAGUUGCUAAAGAUCGUUUUGUUCCACCCAAAAUUGAUCGCACAAAUAUCAAAGAUAUUACUAUCAAAGCAGGUCAGCAUGUUCGUUAUGAAAUUAAAAUUUCUGGUGAACCACCUGCCAACAAAACAUGGUUCCAUAAUAAAUCCCGCAUUGAAAAUGACGAUGUUAGUAUUGACUUAGAACAAUACCGAACUAAAUUUUCCAUUCCAUUUGCGAAACGAUUCCAUACUGGAAAAUACACUAUUAAGGCACAGAACGAUUCUGGUACCGAUGAAGCUACUUUUGAAAUCAACGUCAUAGAUCAUCCAGGAAAACCCGAGGGACCACUUCGUAUAUACGAUGUACAUAAAGAAGGAUGCAAGCUGAAAUGGAACCCGCCUUUAGAUGAUGGUGGUGUUCCGAUUGAUUAUUACAUUAUUCAAAGGAUGGAUAUAGAAAGUGGUCGUUGGAUACCUUGUGGACGAUACAAAGAGACUUUUGCUGAAUUAAAUAAUUUGGAGCCUUUACAUGAAUACAAUUUUAGAGUAAUUGCUGUCAACGCUGAAGGUGAAUCGGAGCCGCUUAAGGCAGAUCACUCAAUUGUAGCUAAAAAUCCCUUUGAUGAGCCUGGAAAACCUGGCACACCUGAAGUUAUUGACUGGGAUAAGGAUCACGUUGAACUUGCAUGGAAGGCUCCAAUCAAUGAUGGUGGUUCACCUAUUUCCUCUUAUGUUGUGGAGAAACGUGAAAAAGGUUCUGACAAAUGGAUUAAAGGCGCUGAGAUUCCCGUUACUGUCACAGCUGAAGUCUGCAAAGGAACUGUGCCAAAUUUAGAUGAGAAUGUUGAGUAUGAAUUUAGAGUGAAGGCAAUCAAUGCUGCUGGUGCAGGUGACCCUUCAGAUGUCAGCAAAUCUAUUAUCACGAAGCCACGCAAACUUGCUCCGAAAAUUGAUCGCCGCAACAUUAAAACUUAUAACGUUAGAGCAGGCGAACCCAUCUUUUUGGACAUCAAUAUUGCCGGUGAACCAGCACCACAUUUGCUCUUGACUCAGAAUAAUAAAUCAAUCCACCAAACAUCUCUGCGAUAUAUUGAAACCCUACCCUACAAUAUAAAGUACGUUAAUAAUAACCCAGAACGUAAAGAUACAGGUGUGUAUACUUUACUUGCCACCAACACAUAUGGGCAUGAUACUGCUGAAUUCCAAAUUAACGUCAUAACUAAACCUGAAAGCCCUGAAGGCCCACUUGAAGUAUCAAAUGUACAUAAAGAAGGCUGCAAAUUAAAAUGGAGAAAGCCGAAAGACGAUGGAGGAGAACCGAUUGAUUCGUAUUCCAUUGAGAAAUUUGACGCAGAGACCGGUGUGUGGCUAUCUUGUGGCAAAAGCGAUACUCCGGAUUUCAAUAUUGAGAGUUUACAGCCUGGUCAUGAAUACAAAUUUCGAGUCAAGGCUGUGAAUAAAUUGGGUGAAUCUGAACCGUUGGAAACUUUUGGCACAAUUGUUGCAAAAGAUCCAUUUAGUACUCCGUCUAAACCAGGAUGUCCGCAUGUAAUUGACUGGACAGCUAACAAAGCUGAGUUAGUCUGGCAAGCGCCUGCUAGUGACGGUGGUUCGCCCAUACUUGGCUAUGUGAUCGAAAAGAAAGAUAAAUACAGCGGCGCAAUGUGGGAAAAAGCGAUGGAGACUGAAACGUCUGACCCUGUUGCCAGCAUUAACGGUCUCAUUGAAGGCAACGAAUACCAAUUUCGAGUUAUGGCUGUUAAUAAAGCCGGUCAGUCAGAACCGUCGGAGGUCAGUAAGAUGUUUAUUGCCAAACCACGCUUUCUUAGUCCUAAAAUUGAUCGCCGAAAUUUGCGUGACAUCACGAUAUCUGCAGGCUCGACACUAAAAUUGGACUGCAAAGUAUUAGGCGAGCCUGCUCCUAAGAUUGAAUGGAGAUUUUCGAAUUGUCCGUUGCAGACAGGAAAAAAUAUUACAAUUGAUUCGAUUGACUAUUUUACUAAACUUAUCAUUCGGCCCACUGAAAGAGGCGAUUCCGGUGACUAUACGAUUACAGCAACCAAUAGUUCUGGCAAAGAUAGUGUGCAAAUUAAAGUGACAGUAACAGAUAAGCCAAGUGCACCUAAAGGGCCACUCCAAAUUUCGGAUAUUCAUAAAAAGGGGUGCCACCUCAAAUGGAAAAGGCCUGACGACGACGGCGGUACAUGCAUUGAAUAUUUCCAGGUGGACAAACUAGAUCCGGAAACGGGAUGUUGGUUGCCAUGCUGUCGCUCUACUGAACUUCAGGCAGAGAUACUUGGUUUAAAACAAGGCGCAGAGUACAAGUUUCGCGUAACAGCUGUAAAUUCUGAAGGUGAAUCCAAACCACUUGUAAGUGAUGAUUCGAUUAUCGCUAAAAAUCCGUUUGAUGAACCCGGAAAGCCUCAAAAUCUUUGUGUAAUAGAUUGGGAUAAAGAUCACAUAGAUCUGUCUUAUUCACCACCAUUGGAUGACGGCGGUUCGCCCAUUACCGGCUAUAUAAUUGAAGCUUUUUCCCAUAACAAGUGGGAGAAAAUGUUAGAAGUUUCUGAGGGGGAAACAAAGGUUACUGUUCCAGAUCUCGUUGAAGGGCAAAGUUAUGAAUUUCGUGUUUCGGCUGUUAAUGCUGUUGGACCUGGUGAACCUUCGGACUCUACAUCCCAAAUCGUCUUGAAAUCACGCAAUAAACCUCCGCUUAUUGAUCGUACAAAUCUUAUUGAUAUUCGAAUUAAAGCUGGUCAAAUUUUCACAUAUGAAUGUAAAGUGUCUGGUGAGCCUGUACCAAAAACGAAGUGGUUUUGUAACAAACGAGAAAUAGUAUCGAAGGACAAUGUAAAGGUAUCUCAUGCGGAUUAUAUUACUAAGUUGAAAGUCUCUAAUGCUACUAGGGAAAAUUUUGGUACGUAUACUGUUCAUGCGGAGAACCCUAACGGUACAGAUAGUGCAGACGUUAAAGUAGUUGUCAUAGAUCGACCAGCACCACCUAAUGGUCCUUUGAAAAUAGACUCACUUCACGCAAACGGUUGCGUGUUGCAUUGGAAUCCACCGGACGACGAUGGCGGUCAACCUAUUGAAAGCUUUACCGUCGAAAAAUUGGACGAAACCACAGGUAGAUGGGUACCCGCUGGGGAAACUAACGGUCCUGUAACAAAUUUGGAAAUAAACGGUCUUAUAUCAGGACAUAAAUAUAAAUUUCGCGUCCGUGCUAAAAAUCGUCAAGGCACUUCAGACCCAUUAACUGCACCGCAGGCUAUUAUAGCAAAGAAUCCAUAUAAUGAACCUGGCAAACCCGGUAUUCCUAUAAUCAGAGGAUAUGAUAAAGAAGUGGUCGAUUUGCAGUGGAGUCGUCCUGAAAGUGAUGGGGGAUCACCCAUCACCGGAUAUAUUGUUGAAAAGCGCGACAGGUACUCACAAGAUUGGGAUCCUUGCGCUGAAGUGGAUGGUGAUGUGACGAAUGGUGCCGUUACCAAUUUGGUUGAAGGUGUUAAAUAUGAAUUCCGUGUACGCGCGCUUAAUAGGGCUGGAAAAGGUGAACCAAGUGACGCAUCCGUGUCUCACGUAGCUCGCGCCAAAAAUACAUCACCCAAAAUAGACCGCAAUUACAUGCUGGAUGUUAAGAUACGGGCGGGAAAUACAGUUGAAUACGAUAUUCCAAUCAGCGGGGAGCCAGUUUCAAAUAAGGAAUGGUCUCAUGAAGGCCAAAUAGUAAUAAAUACGGAUAGGUUUAAGAUCGUAAGCGAAGACUACCGUACAAAAUUACGUAUUGUUGAUACGAAACGAGCGGACACAGGUGUUUACACACUAACUGCUCGCAAUAUCAAUGGCAUAGAUAAAGCCACAGUGAAAGUUACUGUGCUGGAUGUACCAUCAAUUCCUGAAGGCCCAUUGAGACCUUUCGAAAUAUCUAAAAACUCUAUCACCUUACGCUGGCGUCCGCCAAGGGACGACGGUGGCUCUGAAAUUACCCACUAUGUCGUGGAAAAAAUGGAUAAUGAUGCUAUGCGUUGGGUGCCUGUUGGAGAUUGCGCUGAUUGCGAAAUUCGUGCUGAAAAUUUAAUUGAAAACCAUGAUUACAAUUUUCGAGUGCGUGCUGUCAAUAAGCAGGGUCAGUCACAAGCUUUAGGAAGCACCCAACCUAUUACCGCUAAGGAUCCAUUUAGUCGCCCCGACAAACCUGGUCAAUUGUACGCAAGUGAUUGGGGAAAAGAUUUUGUGGAUUUGGAAUGGGCCGCACCAAAACGUGAUGGAGGGUCACCUAUUACGGGGUAUAUUGUAGAGAAACGCCCCAAAUUUGGUCAAUGGGAAAAAGCACAACAGGUAUCUGCUCCACUAACUCAAGCUCACAUUUCCGGUUUGAUAGACGGCGGAGAGUAUGAAUUCCGCGUCGUUGCAAUUAACCGUGGUGGUCAUAGCGAUCCAUCCGAUCCCUCCUUACCUAUUAUUUGCAAACCUCGUUUUAUGGCACCGCAUUUUGAUAAAUCACUUCUUGAAGAUAUCACUGUUAUUGCCGGCAAACAUUUAGGAUGGACUUUGCCAAUUGAAGCGUCGCCUAGGCCAACCGUAAAAUGGUUGUUCAAUGGCAAAGAAAUAGAACCAUCUUCCCGCAUUGAAAUCAGCCUGUUCCAUAAUGAACUUACUUUUGAAAUAUCUAAUGCUCUUCGGAGUGAUGAAGGCCGUUACACACUGAACUUAACAAACGAACAUGGAUCCUUUGAAGCAUCCGCUCAUGCGACGGUUGUAGACCGACCCAGCCCUCCGAUGAAGAUUUUAGAUAUUGGCAAAGUUACCCGAGACGGAUGCCGUCUUAAAUGGAACGUACCUGAAGACGAUGGAGGGUCCCCGAUUCUUCAUUAUGUUAUAGAAAAAAUGGAUUUAUCACGUGGUACCUGGUCCGAUGCUGGGAUGAGUACUCACCCAGUACACGAUGUAACCCGUUUAAUUCACCAGAAAGAAUACUUAUUCCGUGUGAAAGCUGUAAAUGCUAUUGGGGAAUCCGAGCCUCUCGAAGCAGAAAAAACGAUUACUGCCAAAAAUGAAUUUGAUGAGCCUGAUGCUCCAGGCAAGCCGAUUGUGACUGAUUACGAUGAAGAUCAUGUUGACCUAGAAUAUGGCCCUCCUAAAUCAGACGGUGGCGCUCCACUUAUUGAAUACAUCAUCCAAAAAAAAGAAAAAGGUAGUCCCUAUUGGAUCAAUGCAUUGCAUAUUUCACCAGAAAAAACUACAGCCACAGUUCCGGAAUUAACAGUAGGACACGAAUAUGAAUUCCGUGUUAUUGCAGUUAAUGAAGCUGGUCAAUCAGAGCCGUCUGAACCAUCAGAUAUGACUCAAGCUAAAGCCAGGUACUUAGCUCCGAAAAUCCUUACACUUCUUCACGAUGUUCGAAUCAAAGCUGGACUCAUCUUUCAUAUCGAUAUUGAUUACAUUGGUGAACCAACCCCUGAAGUUUUUUGGGAUUUAAAUGGUGAGCCACUUAAUAAUAGCGAGCGUUCAACCAUUACAACGAUUGGUCGUCACACUGUCGUGCAUAUCGUAAAUUGCAAUCGCAACGACUCAGGACGAUAUCAUGUGUUACUUCGCAAUAAUUCUGGUAUUGAUGAAGGUAGUUUUGAACUAAUUGUACUGGAUCGUCCGGGACCGCCUGCUGGCCCUCUGGUAUAUGAAGAGAUAUCAGCAAACUCGGUCACUGUGUCAUGGAAGCAGCCUAAAGAUAACGGUGGCUCCGAAAUAUCGUCGUAUGUAAUCGAAAAACGUGACGUUACACAUGGUGGUGGAUGGGUGCCAGCCGUUACAUAUGUAAAUGCUAAGUACAACCACGCCGUAAUUCCUCGAUUGCUAGAGGGCACACAAUACGAAUUUAGAGUUAUGGCAGAAAAUUUGCAAGGACGCUCAAUUCCUUUAGCAUCAGAGGAACCUGUCAUAGCUAAAAACCAGUUCACAAUUCCAGGAACUCCUGCCAAGCCAGAAGUUUCAGAUGCUGACAAAGAUCAUAUAUCUAUUAAAUUUAAACCCCCGAUUAGCAACGGUGGCUCGCCUGUUAUUGGUUAUGACAUAGAACGGCGUGACAAGGCAAUGGGCCGGUGGAUUAAGGUUAAUGGAGAGCCAGUCCCCAUUUGUGAAUACACUGAUGAUCGCGUGUGCAACGACCAUCAAUAUCAGUAUCGAGUGUCUGCAGUAAAUGCUGCAGGCAACGGAAAAUUUUCUGAUCCUUCCAAUAUCAUAUCAGCUAAACCAAUGUGUGAAAAACCGCGACUAUACCUAGAUGCAUUAAUUGGUCGUAAAAUUAAAGUACGUGCUGGAGAACCAGUUAAAAUUACCAUCCCAAUUUCAGGGGCUCCAACGCCUCUUGUUGAAUAUAAACUUAACAACUUUAAAAUUUCCCAAAAUAAUCGCAUAUCCUAUAAUUCUAAUUCUGAUCAAACUACCUUCCGUAUCGACGAUUCAACAAGGCAAGACACUGGCAAAUAUUCCGUAGUAUUAUCAAAUGAUUUCGGUAAGGACUCCGCUGAAAUUGAAGUCAUUGUUGUAGAUAUACCCUCUCCACCAGAGGGACCACUUACUUACACUGAAGCUGCUCCCGAUCAUAUUUCUCUGUCAUGGUAUCCACCUAACGAUAAUGGUGGUAGCGAUAUUUCCGGUUAUAUUGUCGAAUUUUGUGAAUACGGCAGCGAGAACUGGCGACCCGCUCCUGGGUACUGUGCCAAAACUAACUAUACUGUAAAGGGUCUUACCGAAGGUAGAAAGUAUGUAUUUCGCGUAAAAGCUGAAAACAUAUACGGCCUGUCGGAACCAUUAAAUGGCAAACCAGUUACUGCAAAGUCUCCAUUUGAUCCACCAGAUGCACCAAGUCAACCGGACAUAGUAGCUUACUUCCCUAAUUCAGUUACUGUAGCUUGGCACCCACCCGACUACUGUGGCGGUAAACCCAUAAAUGGGUAUUUAGUAGAAAGGCGUGAACGGGGGGGUGAAUGGCUGAAGUGCAAUAACUAUCCGACACCAAACACCAGUUAUACAAUUUCUGACUUAAGAGAAGGCGGACGAUAUGAGUUCAGAGUUGUUGCUGUCAAUGAAGCUGGUCCUGGUAAGCCAUCUAAAGCAUCAGAGUCAGUUACUGCCGAAAUGCAAAGAUAUAAGCCAGACCCUCCAGAGCCACCCAAACCAGAUCGUAUCACUAAGGACUCUACAACACUUUCUUGGCGUCCACCAAGAAACGACGGAAAAUCAAAAAUUAAAGGGUACUUUUUAGAAAUGAAAUUGAAAAAUUCUAAAGAUUGGGUUCCAGUUAAUGACUUACUCGUCCACAACACAGUUUAUACUAUUCCAAAUUUAAAAGAAGGGGAGGAAUAUUCAUUCCGGGUUAUUGCCUUAAAUGAAGUGGGAAAAUCUAAUCCGUCAAAAUCAUCCAAACCCAUUAUCAUUGAAGAACAACCCAACAAACCAUGUUUAGAUUUAAGUGGAAUAAGGGAUAUAGUCUGCCGCGCGGGCGAAGAUUUUAGUAUCCAUGUGCCUUAUAUGGGAUUUCCCAAGCCUGUGGCUCAAUGGUUUACAAACGAUGUUUUGCUAGAAGAUGACGGGCAACAUUUAUUCCAACAUUUAACAGAUGAAGCUGCCAGCAUUGUGGUAAAAAAUUCCAAACGUGUAGAUUCAGGACAAUAUCGAUUACAAUUGAAAAACACAUCUGGAUUCGAUGCGGCCACAUUUAAUGUUAAAGUACUCGAUCAGCCUAAACCACCAUCUAAUUUGCGUGCUGAUGAGUUUGCAGGCGAUGCAUUAACACUCUUCUGGAAUCCACCAAAGGAUGACGGUGGCUCUCCAGUUACUAACUAUAUAAUCGAGAAAAAAGAAGCUCGUUCAACGGGAGGUUGGAGUAAAGUUAGCAGUUAUUGCACAACUACAUUUGUACGAGUUCGUAACUUAAACAUUGGAAGAGAGUAUGAUUUCCGAGUGAGUGCUGAAAACAAAUAUGGAUCAUCGGAACCAGCCCAUACGUCUGAGCCCAUACGUGCACGGCAUCCUUUCGAUGUGCCUAAUGCUCCUGGGGUUCCAACUGCUGUUGAUUCUACGGAAGAUAGCAUCACCAUCUCAUAUAUGAAACCAAAACACGAUGGUGGUUCGCCAAUAACAGGAUAUAUAAUUGAAAAGCGAUUAAUUAGUGAAGAUACAUGGACUAAAGCUGUUCAGUUGCUGUGCCCUAGUCUAACGCAAAAGAUAUCGAAUUUAAUUUCAGAUGCCAAAUAUGAGUUCAGAGUAGCUGCUGUAAAUAGCGCUGGCCAAUCUGCAUUUAGUCUGUCGAGUGAUCCAAUAUAUUGUCAACGCCCCCCUUAUGCUCCGAAAAUUACUUCGGAUCUAUCCAUUCGCGAUAUGACAGUAAUUGCCGGCGAGGAGUUCCGAAUAACAGUACCCUAUCAGGCCAGUCCUAUACCGACACCAUCUUGGGCAAUUAAUGACGAAGAUAUUAUCCCAGAUGACCGCAUUAAAUUCGAAACAAACAGCUACAAUUCUAUUUAUUACAAUAAAAAUGCUAAAAGAUCUGAUAGCGGUUCAUACACAAUUACUUUAAGAAAUAGUAAAGGCUAUGAUUCCGCGGCUUGUCAUGUUAUCGUCGUCGACAGACCUGGUGUUCCUCAAGGUCCUUUAAAUGCAUACGAUAUCACUCCAGACACGUGCUCACUAUCGUGGAAAAGUCCUCUAGAUGACGGUGGUUCAGCGAUCACUAAUUAUGUUGUAGAAAAAUCAGAUAUUAAUGGCACAGCAUGGGCUAAAGUGAGCAGUUUUGUUCGCAACAUUCAUUAUGAUGUAAUGGGACUGGAACCUUCUCGAAACUAUCGUUUUCGGGUGCGCGCAGAAAAUCAAUAUGGGCUUUCAGAUGCCCUUCAAAUUGAUGAAGCUAUAACAGCUAAAUACCAGUUUACAGUCCCUGAUGCACCCGGUCAGCCCAAAGUUAUCGAUUGGGAUUCUGGCAAUGUCACACUUCUGUGGACUCGUCCGGGUAGUGAUGGUGGCUCCCGUAUUCAAGGUUACCAAAUUGAAUAUCGCGACGUUAUUAAUGAGACAUCGUGGAACCAUUACGAAUUUUUAAUAAAAGAUACUAAAUAUCAGCUCUACAAUCUUACAAAUGGCUGUGAAUACGAAUUUCGAAUAAAAGCAAAAAAUGUCGCCGGCUUUAGCAAAGCAUCACCAUCUUCGACGCGUUUUAAAUGCAAAGGCAAAUUUACGGUUCCAUCACCACCAGGCACGCCACAUGUUGUUAAAGUUGGAAAACAUUUCGCUGAGUUGAAAUGGGAAAAACCUCAAAGUGACGGGGGCGCACGUAUUACAGGUUAUUGUGUUGAACGACGUGACUUAGGUGGCGCUAUAUGGGUUAAAUGCAAUGACUACAAUAUUUUGGAUACUGAAUAUACUGUUUUCAAUUUAGUUGAAAUGGGAGACUAUGAAUUUCGAAUUUAUGCCAUGAAUGCAGUAGGUCGAUCCGAACCCAGUAUUUGUACUAUGCCCAUAAAGGUAUGUGAAGUUCUAGGGGGCGAAAAACCCGAAUGGGUUACACAUUUGCACGACCGGCUGGCUCCUUGCGGCAAAGAUUUCUCAUUGCAAUGUCAGGCCACUGGUAAACCAGCCCCAAGCGCAAGAUGGCUACGAAAUGGAAAAGAGAUUUCGAUGGGAGGCGGCCGCAUAACAAGCGAUAGCAAAGACGGGGUUUUUCGCUUGCACUUUUCAAAUAUACAAGCGGGUGAUGAAGGUACUUACACAUGUGAAGCUAUUAACUCCUUGGGUUUUGUCCACUCAUCCGGUUAUCUGAAAAUUGGAUCACCACCGGUUAUUAAUAGAUACCCGAGUGAACUUGUUUUGGCUGAAAAUGAUAACACCAAAAUCAAGAUUUUCUAUGGUGGCGAUCAGCCAAUGGCUAUAAGUAUAAGUAAAAACAAUGAACUACUAUCUGACAUAGAGAAUGAUUCCCAUUUUAAGAUCACCCAAUUUGAUGAAUAUGUAGCCAUUUUUAUACGAGAUAUUGUAAAAACUGACUCCGGUCUUUACCAAAUUGUCUUUAGCAACGACUCAGGAAUUGCAAAGGCGCAAUUUAAUGUUCACGUGACGGGAUUACCAUCAGCGCCGGUAGGUCCUUUGGGGGUAUCACAUGUGAAUAAACACUCGUGUACAUUAACUUGGCGUCCACCUACGUAUGAUGGAGGCCUGCGGAUAACACAUUAUGUUGUUGAACGUAAAGAUAUAACUUCAUUACAUUGGAUAACGGUAUCCAGUUUCUGUAAAGACACGUCUUUUAAUGUACAAGGACUUAUUGAGCAUCAGACGUAUGUUUUUCGUGUUAUGGCUGUUAACGAUAAUGGAAUGGGUGCACCAUUAGAAGGACUGAAUUCAGUUGUAGCGAAAGCUCCCAUUGAUCCGCCGUCUCCUCCUGGCAUACCGAGAAUUCUCGAAGUUGGUGAAGAUUUCGUACAUUUAGAAUGGGAUAAACCCUUAUCGGAUGGUGGGGCUUACGUACAAGGCUACUGGAUUGACAAACGAGAAGUGAGCAGUGAAACAUGGCAACGUGUAAACGUCAUCAUUUCCGUUGCCAAUCAAAUUAAUUGUCCUAAUUUAAUUGAGGGACGUCAAUACGAGUUCCGCGUCUUCGCUCAAAAUGAAGCUGGCCUCUCUCCCGAGGCAAUAGCUGCAAGUUGCGUUAAAAUUAUUGAUCCCCAAGCAGCUGUUGCACCACUUAUUAUAAAGCAGUUAAAUGAUGCUCAUUGCAUACAAAACCAUAAUGCUCAAUUUACUUGCACCAUAACAGGCGUACCCAAGCCGAAUAUAACUUGGCACAAGGGAGCGCGAGAGAUUACAAACGGUGCUCGUUAUCACAUGUACUCGGAAGGCGAUAAUCAUUACUUAAACAUUAGCGACGUGUUUGGGGAAGAUGCAGAUGAAUAUAUAUGUCGGGCCGUCAACAAAGCUGGGGCGAAAUCAACUAGAGCGUCUUUGAUGAUUAUGACCGCCCCAAAGCUUAACGUGCCUCCCCGAUUUCGCGAUACGGCUUACUUUGACAAGGGCGAAAACGUUGUAAUUAAGAUUCCUUUUCUGGGCUUACCUAGACCACGUAUUCAUUGGGUAAGAGAAGGUGAACAUAUUGAGACUGGUGGACAUUAUCUCGUAGAAGUCAAGGAACGUCACGCUGUUCUCGUUAUACGUGAUGGUUCUCGGAUGGAUUCAGGCCCAUAUAGAAUCACAGCUGUAAACGAGUUAGGUUCAGAUGCCGCAAAUGUUAAAAUACAAAUAAGUGAUCGUCCAGAUCCUCCACGCUUUCCGACAGUUGAUAACAUUGGUAUUGAUUCCCUAUCGCUGAACUGGAAAGCACCUGUGUGGGAUGGUGGUAGCGAUAUUACUAAUUACAUGAUUGAAAAACGUGAACACCCGUUAUCAUCUUGGAUACGCGUCGGUAACACACGUUUUACUACUAUGGCUGUUAUGAAUCUUACGCCAUCUAAAGAAUAUGAAUUCCGAAUUUACGCCGAUAACGUUUACGGUCGUUCAGACUCUUCCGAAAUAAGUUCCUUGGUUAAGACGAAAGAUACGAUCAAAAAGAAAUUUAGAGAACAUAAAUGGGAAGUUGACGAGUUGGGCAGAAAAAUCCGUGGGAAGGCUGAUGGACCAGUCAAUGAUUACGACACUUACGUGUUUGACAUUUAUUCAAAAUUUACGGCACAACCUGUGGAAAUAUCGCACAAUGUUUUAUACGACAAGUAUGAUAUUCUUGAAGAAAUUGGCACCGGAGCGUUUGGGGUCGUACAUCGUUGCCGUGAACGCAACACAGGGAAUAUAUUCGCUGCCAAAUUUAUUCCAGUCUCCCAUGUUAUAGAAAAAGAUCUCAUACGACGAGAAAUCGAUAUUAUGAAUCAACUCCAUCAUCAGCAACUAAUUAACCUACAUGAUGCGUUUGAGGAUGACAAUGAGAUGGUGCUUAUUUUAGAAUUCCUAUCAGGUGGUGAGCUUUUUGAAAGGAUUACUGCUGAAGAUUACAUAAUGACCGAAGCUGAAGUAAUUAAUUACAUGCGCCAAAUUUGUGAAGGCAUCAGACAUAUGCAUGAAAAAAAUAUUAUUCACUUAGAUAUUAAGCCUGAGAAUAUCAUGUGUCAGACACGUACCAGCACCAAUGUAAAAUUAAUCGAUUUCGGCUUGGCUACUCGCCUGGACCCUAACGACGUCGUGAAAAUAACAACCGGGACAGCAGAAUUCGCUGCUCCUGAAAUUGUUAACCGAGAGCCGGUUGGCUUCUAUACUGAUAUGUGGGCUACAGGUGUACUGGCCUAUGUAUUAUUAAGCGGCUUGUCACCAUUUGCUGGUGACAACGAUAUACAAACAUUAAAAAACGUGAAAGCGUGCGACUGGAACUUUGACCCGACUGCAUUCCGUCACAUAUCAGAAGAAGCUAAAGAUUUUAUAAGAAAGUUAUUGGUAGCUAAUAAAGAAAAACGCAUGACCUCUCACGAGUGUUUAUUGCAUCCGUGGUUAUCUGGCGAUCAUCGUAAUAGAACUCAACAAAUUGCCAGAGAUCGUUAUCUUGCAUUCCGUGAUAAUCUUCGUAAAAAAUAUGAAAACUUUCACAACUGUAUUCUUCCAUUAGGUCGUCUUUCCGAGUAUUCAUCUUUACGUAAAUUGCUUAUGGAAAAGUACAAAAUGCACGAUACAUCUUUCGACCGACGUCAAGCAGCACCCCGUUUUGUCAUACGACCGUCUUCACAAUUUUGCUAUGAAGGCCAAAGCGUAAAAUUUUAUUGCCGCUGCAUUGCUAUAGCAACACCGACACUCACCUGGAUGCGUAAUAAUGUCGAACUACGUCAAAGCGUCAAAUUUAUGAAACGGUAUGAUGACCACGACUUUUAUUUCAUUAUCAAUCGUGUUAAACUUGAAGACCGCGGUGAAUACAUAAUUCGAGCUGAAAAUCAUUAUGGUUCCCGUGAAGAAGUCAUUUUCCUUAACGUACAUCCAUUACCGAUGGAACCACCCAAGUAUAUUCACGAAACAACACCGGUACGUCGACGUGCGCCAUUACCUUAUACAUUCUGGCAAGAGGAAGCGGAAUCGGCGCCCAGUUUUACAUUCCUUUUGCGUCCACGUGUCAUGCAAGCACGCGACACUUGCAAGCUUCUGUGUUGUUUGAGCGGCAAACCAGUGCCAACAGUUAAAUUCUUUAAAGAUGGCCGUGAGCUUAGUAAAUAUGAAUAUUCGAUAACUCAUUCAGAUGGCGUUGUCACUAUGGAAAUUAUUGAUUGCAAGCCAUCCGACUCUGGCAAGUAUACUUGCAAAGCAACGAAUUGCCAUGGCACCGACGAAACCCAUUGUGUGGUAAUUGUUGAAGGUGAAUGGGUCACGCCAGAACAAGCUCAACUAGCGCACAAUUUUCUUUAUUCAGGAGAUCGUAAGUAUAUAGAGCAACCAAUUAAACCUGCUCCACCACCAAUCAUUUCCUCACGAAUAUGCAAUAGCAUUACUACAUCAUCGUAUUCAUCGAGCAGUGAGGGCAAUAACAAGGUUGUUGGCACAAGUUUCUCUCUAAAUCAAAACUCUACCACGCUACAUAAAAAGAAAUAUGCAGCAAAUACUAUGAAAACAUCGGGAAGCCCUUCAAGAUCACGUAGCGCUACUAAAGAACUAAUUCUUCCACCGGAUGAUUCACUUAUGUGUAAGCCUGAGUUUAUCAAGCCAUUAAAGGAUAUGGUGGUAUGUGAUGGUGAUCAGUUGGUAUUAAAUUGCCAUGUUAAAGGGGAUCCGGAGCCGCAAAUUACUUGGACCAAGAACGGCAAGCCAAUCGCAUCAUCGGAUAUCAUUGAUUUGAAGUACAAGAACGGUAUCGCUACUUUAACUAUUGAUGAAGUGUUUCCCGAAGAUGAGGGUCUCUUCACAUGCAUAGCCACAAAUUCCAUUAGCAUCGUCGAAACCAAGUGCAGAAUAACUGUUAAACCUUUGGAAAAAAGUUCUGCAAAGCGGCUUAUAAGCAGCGAUAAACCACCAAAAAUUGUUAGCCAUCUAGAGUCCCGAUUUGUAAAAGACGGUGACGCUGUUGUUUUGGCCUGCCGCAUAAUUGGAGCCAAGCAAUUUGCUGUAAUCUGGCUGCACAACAAUAAAGAGAUUAAGCCAAGUAAAGACUUCCAGUAUACAAACGAAGCCAAUAUAUACAAAUUACAGAUAGCUGAAAUUUUCCCCGAAGAUUCGGGCACAUACACUUGCGAGGCUUUUAAUGAUGCUGGUGAAUCGUAUAGUACUUGCACCAUUAAUGUUGUCGUCCCCGGAGAGGACCCUAAACAACCAAUGUUUGUCAAAUUCCCCGCAUCCAAUACAGUCCAAGAAGGCGAAAAUGUCAAAUUUGAAUGUGAACUUCAAGAUGAACCGCUUCAGUUGGCUUGGCUUAAGGAUGGAAAGCCAGUAAAUGAAGCCAAUCCACGGUAUACAUUUACUAAAGAGGACGCUAAGCGCUAUACCUUAAUGAUCAAGAAAUGUGCAUUGGAAGACGUAGGCCAGUAUCAAGCGAAAGCUAUCGGCAAAAAGGGAGAGACAUUCGGUUCAUUUUCAGUAAACGUAUUUAGCUCCGUUUAAACAAGUUUUAUGCAAAUAAUUGAAUCACUUUGUUGUAUGCUUUGUUAUUAAUUAGUUUAUUAUUGCUUUCAUUUGCUUUUCCGUCUUUUCCCUCAAACAUGUGCCACUAAAUUUGAAGGUUGCUUACCCACAAAAGCAGAUCAUUUUAUUAGUCCAUGACCUGUUUACGAACUCUCUAACAAUUUAGUAUAUUAAUUGUAGUAUAAUCGUGUUUUUUCGAUAAUGCUUUUAUAAUUAUUCUUAAUAUUUUUUUAAAAUGCGUGUUCAAAACAGUGACACUUUUAUACCAAGCAUCCUCAAAACUCCAGCACAUUGUAUGUCAAUAACUAUAUAUGUAACUUAUUAAAAGAGCCUCC